AGUUUCCAGUCGGAGAAUCGAUGGAACAGGGGAGAUUGUUUCGAUGGAACCGGAGGGGGAUUCGUUAUGGAUUAAGGUGAAAACGUCGCCGAAGAUUUUGAAGUUUAUAGUGCCGAAAGGUUUUAUUGCGGUGGAUGGGACUAGUUUGACUGUGGUUAAAGUGUUUGAUGAAGAGGAGUGUUUUAAUUUUAUGUUGGUUGACUAUACGCAGCAGAAAGCUGUUAUUCCGUUGAAGAAAGUUGGGCAGAAGGUGAAUUUGGAAGUGGAUAUAUUGGGAAAGUAUGUUGAGAGGCUUCUUAGCAGUGGAUUUAUGGACAGUAUCAAAUCAAGAUAAUCGUAUAAUCAUCUUGAUAUCGUUG